AUAUUUCGCAUGUUUCAUAGUACUGUUAGUGUUUUGAUUUUUAUACCUCCUUAAACAUUUGAAACAUAGAAGAAGUAAACUUAAAUGAACUUACUCUAUUUAAUACACUCAAGUCGCUUUUUCAAACUUGUUUAAUUAAGGGUUUAAUUGUUAAAGUAAGUUGACCCAUGUAAUAUUGUAUUUACUAAUUCUAUAACAUUUUGACUAGAACUAAAUUUAAAGGAUUUAAUAAAAUAAUCGACAGCUAAUAUGAUGACUUUAACAACACGGAAUUGUUUUAAGAUUUGCAAAUGACCUUGUCAUAAGCUGUGAUAUUUUCAAGACUGGAAACAAAAGUAACGUAAAUUUAGAAUGGGAACAAAAGUAACGUAAAUUUAGCAUAUUUAAGACUGGGAAUAAAUGUAACGUAAAUUUAGCACAUUAAGUAUAAUCGUUUAUGUAAAUAUUUCCCAUCAUAGUAUAUCUAUAACAGCUUUUGUUACCUGUCAAGAUUGUUGACAGAACGAGACAGGAAACAAUUAAUCAUAAUUGAAGUUGACAGGAACAUGCAAAUUAACAUGUCUCUAUAAUAGAAAUACCGUAUAUAACAAACGAUAUAAGAUAAAGAUCUGGUCGUUCAUGAUUGACACAUAAUUAGGUUAUUAAGAUGUUUCCGAAUUAUGACAGGAAGUAAAAUGACCACAGAGACAUGAAAACUUUAACUUUACACUGACCUAGAUGUAGACUUGACGACUGUCGUAAAUAACACUACAGACUAGAGUAAACAUUAUUUACAAGUUUUUAUGGCAAUAUAAAAUAGUUUCAAGGUUAAAGGUAGUUUAAGAAGGGAGGAAUGUAUUUACAGCUUACAGAGUUGUGAUAUUGUUUACAUUAUCGGAUUAAUCGGAUAGCCUUAUUAGUGGAAUCUUUCACGUUACUGAUAAAUAGUCUAAUUCCAUAAUAUGAUAUAAUUUUGCGUAAUUUAGCCGUGGAAUUAACUGAUGAAGGUACUUUGGACUUUGCGUUCUGUAAUUUAAGACAAUUUAAAGACUUACUUCCUACAUGAUCUAGGAUGGAUACAAAUUUUAAGCUAAGUGUGCGACUUAUUGAGCGUGAUUCCAGGAAGGCGGUAUUUUAUAAACAUGACGGUCAGAGGUUCGAACAAACUCAUACAGUGAAAAUGAACGCUGACAAGGAAUAUGAUAUCAUGUUUACGCUAAAUCCGGCGAUGGGUAUCGAAAAACUAUUACUAAAUGGGGAAGCUCAUAAAAUAGAUCGUUGUCAUGACAACAAUGACAAGUACGAGGACACGAGGACUUACGUCACACACUAUGAGACAGUGAGCGUUGACGUCUGCAAACGAGGCAAGCGGAGGGAACUACUUUUUGUACUAGAGCUAGAAAACGGUGUUUACAUGAAAGUGAGUGUACAGUGUAAGGUAUAUAAAUUCGGGGAGACCACUCACUGCAGUUGGGGUCAGCAGUUAGCCGGAAUAGAGCUGGAUUGUAAAAUUGAGAAAUGUCAAAAUUAUGUCCAGAUAUUACAGGAAAAGUAUUUCUGAAGCAAUAACAUUUUGAUAAUUAAGAAAUGAAUUGUUAAUCUACGACGAUUCGACAGUCUCUAUUGUGGCACUUAUCAAUGUGAUAUGUUAAGAUGUCAAGUUGUCGAACUGAAAGUGAAGUGCAAAAGGAGGAGAGACAACACAAGUUGAUCGAAGAAAUCUCCCUCUAGAAAUACCAGUCGUGU